GCCAGUUUAGGAAACAAUAUGUAAACAACUAAUAUAAUAAAAUAGCAUAUUUUCUCUAAUUAUCUAUAAAUAAUAAUAAAAAGUGUAAUUUGUUACAUAACCUACAAAACAUAACCCGACUUCCAGUUGUCAAAAUUUGGUCAAAAUGCUUGCGUGUCGGUCGUUUUUACGGGUUGUUAGAGUUGUAGCCUCCUUUAGACACUUACACAAAUACAACUCCUUUCACAUAUUAAGUGCCCCAAACGUUAGAAAUACUGCCACACCAAUCUAUAGGUUAUGUUCAAUGAAGCCUCCCGAAGACUUAAUCGACGUCUCCACAUUCGAAAAAGCCUGCGACGAGACUUUGGAAUCUCUGACCGAAUAUUUCGAGCAAAUAGUCGAAGAAGUGGAUAAUUUAAAAUCAGCCGAUGUGGCAUACAGUAGUGGCGUUUUGACUGUUAAUUUAGGGCCGGAUUAUGGCACUUAUGUGAUUAAUAGACAGUCACCGAAUAGGCAAAUUUGGUUGAGUUCGCCUGUCUCAGGACCUAAAAGAUAUGAUUUUGUGGUCAAGGACAAUUGUUGGGUGUAUAAACACGACGGGAAGACUUUGCAUAAGUUGUUGCAGGAUGAAAUAGCAAGAAUUGUGAAAAUUGAUGUUAAUUUUGCCAAUUGUUCGUAUGGGAAGCUUUCAAAUACAUCUUAAAUAGAGGUGCUAGUACAUUUUUUACACUUAUGUUAAGUAUAUUUACAACAGCUAUACAUACAGUUAUGUACAAGGAAAAUAAAUUAGUUGCUUUCAGUUUUAAAAAUAUCUAAUUAUAUCACAUGUUUGGUCACACA